GGUCGGUGUUUUUGGUUCAGUAAAUAAAUUUCCAUAGACAAAUAAAUGCAUCUUUGACCGUAAUUAACGAUAAUCGUUUGCUUCUUUCUAACGGAGAUGACGAGUAUAAUCGGCGGGACGUUGCCGUACAAAUCACCGGAGAAAGCAAUUACAUCUUCUUCGUAUUCAGCCGAGAACGAUUCGAGUCCUGUGGAUGCUGUUAUUUUCGCGGGAACUUCGCUGGUUCUCGGCACCGCGUGUAGACAUUUGUUUAACGGCACUAGAGUUCCGUACACCGUCGUUCUUCUCGUCAUCGGCAUUGUUCUCGGAUCCCUAGAAUAUGGAACUAAUCAUAACCUUGGGAAGCUCGGCCAUGGAAUCCGUAUCUGGAAUGAUAUAAACCCUGACCUACUUUUGGCUGUUUUUCUCCCUGCUCUUCUUUUCGAUAGCUCAUUUUCCAUGGAUGUACACCAGAUCAAGAGGUGUAUGGUGCAAAUGGUUCUGCUUGCUGGCCCUGGAGUUCUGAUUUCUACCUUUUGUAUCGGAGCUCUUAUAAAGCUCACUUUUCCAUAUAACUGGGACUGGAAAACAUCAUUGUUGCUUGGAGGGCUUCUAGGAGCUACUGACCCCGUGGCUGUUGUUGCUCUGCUAAAGGAGCUUGGUGCUAGUAAGAAGAUGACCACUUUAAUUGACGGGGAAUCUCUGAUGAAUGACGGGGUAUCGGUAGUGGUUUUCCAGUUAUUUUUCAAGAUGGUGAUGGGGCAUAACUCUGAUUGGGGUUCCAUAAUCAAAUUUCUUGUUCAAAACUCAUUCGGAGCUGUAGGCAUUGGCCUAGCUUUUGGAUUUGCAUCAGUUUUUUGGCUUAAAUUCAUAUUCAAUGACACCAUGGUUCAGAUCACUGUAACACUUUCAGCGAGCUAUUUCGCUUAUUACACUGCUCAAGAGUGGGCUGGGGUUUCUGGAAUUUUGACUGUCAUGAUUUUGGGGAUGUUUUUCGCUGCAUUUGCAAGGACAGCAUUUAAGGGUGACAGUCACCAGAGUCUGCAUCACUUCUGGGAAAUGGCCGCUUAUAUUGCAAAUACAUUAGUUUUUAUACUCAGUGGAGUUAUUAUCGCUGAAGGCAUUCUUAGCGGUCGGGCAAUUUCUUACAAAGUAGCUUUCUUUUUGACAUAUAUUGGGGUUACGAGGAACAUUCAUGACUCUUCUGUACCCAUUGCUAUGCCGUUUUGGCUAUGGGUUGGAUUGGAAGGAAUCCAUCAUACUCACGUGGUCUGGAUUAAGGGGUGCUGUUUCACUGUCGCUCGCUCUAUCUGUAAAACUCUCGGUCAUAUGAUUCAGCAAUCAAGUGGAAAUUCAUAUCUCAGUUCGGAUACGGGAACAAGGUUUCUAUUCCUCACCGGUGGGAUUGUUUUCCUAACUUUGGUUGUUAAUGGAUCCACUACCCAAUUGCUCUUGCACCUUCUUCGCAUGGACACUUUAACGGCCACUAAGAAACGAAUAUUGGAGUAUACGAAGUUUGAAAUGAUGAAGACUGCUUUAAAAGCUUUUGCAAAUCUAGGAGAUGACGAGGAGCUUGGAUCUGCUGACUGGCCUACAGUUAUAAGACAUAUUUCAAGCUUGAAAGAUUUAGAAGGGAGACAAGUUAAUCCUCAAAAUGGGUACGAAGCUGGAAGUCUUGACCCUAAGAAUAUAAUGGACAUACGUAUACGCUUCUUAAAUGGUGUCCAGGCAGCUUACUGGGAGAUGCUUGAUGAUGGGAGAAUAACACAAUGUACUGCUAAUGUUUUGAUGCAAUCAGUAGACGAGGCACUUGACCUUGUUUCUACCAGUUCUUUAAGCGACUGGAGGGGUUUAGAACCACAUGUUCAUUUCCCAAAUUACUACAAGUUUCUUCAAUCAAAAAUGAUCCCCCGCAAGUUGGUCACGCAUUUGAUCGUUGAAAGACUGGAAUCUGCUUGUUGCAUUUCCUCUGCAUUUCUAUGUGCCCAUAGGAUUGCGCGACAGCAAUUGCAUGAAUUCCUAGGUAACAGUAACAUUGCGUCUACUGUAAUCAAUGAAAGUGAGGGGGAAGGAGAAGAAGCAAAACAGGUCUUGGAAGAUGUCCGUAAUUCAUUUCCUCAGGUUUUGAGUGUUUUGAAAACAAGACAAGUAACACAUUAUGUGCUGAAUCAUCUAAAUGGUUAUAUCAAAAACCUUGAGAAGGUUGGGCUGUUAGAAGGAAAAGAAGUUUCUCAUCUUCAAGAUGUUGUUCAGGCUGACUUGAAGAAGCUCCUGAGAAAUCCUCCUUUACUAAAACUUCCAAAUAUAGACGAUCUGAUCACCAGCAAUCCUUUAUCGAAAGAUCGCUCAAGCUUCAUGAGUUUGGCCAUUGGCGAGACAGAUGCAUGAACUGAGACUUUAGGUACCCAGGUUUCAGGACCGAGUCAUGAACUCGUUUGUGUGCUUAUACUCUUCUUCUUCUUCUUUUUAUGACCAAAAACAAAAACAGUCCUUUCGUAUAUUUUUACUUCUUGGUAUAGUUUUUACUUGUAGAUUGUGGAUUUGUGAACAAAAAAGUUCGCAUUAU